CGGGCCUGGGACGCGCCGGGCGGAGAACGGAGCGCACCCCGGGGGCGAUGCGGCUGCUGCCCCUGCUGCGGACCGUCCUGUGGGCCGUGCUCCUGGGCUGCCGCCCGCGGGGGUGCUCCAGCCUGCGCCACCCGGUCUACUGGAACUCCUCCAACCCCAGGCUGCUUCAAGGAGACGCCGUGGUGGAGCUGGGCCUCAACGACUACCUAGACAUCUUCUGCCCACACUAUGAAAGCCCGGGGCCCCCCGAAGGCCCUGAGACCUUUGCUUUAUACAUGGUGGACUGGGCAGGCUAUAAGGCCUGCCGGGCGGAGGGGGCCAACGCCUUCCAGCGCUGGAAGUGCUCCCUCCCCUUCGCUCCUUUCGGCCCCGUUCGAUUCUCAGAGAAGAUCCAGCGCUUCACGCCCUUUUCCCUGGGCUUCGAGUUCUUGCCUGGAGAGACCUACUACUACAUCUCCGUGCCAACUCCGGAGAGUUCUGGCCAGUGCUUGAGACUCCAGGUGUCUGUGUGCUGCAAAGAGAGCAGAUCUGAGUCCGCCCAUCCGGUCGGGAGCCCCGGAGAGAGUGGCACAUCCGGGUGGCGAGGGGGCCAGGCUCCUAACCCCCUCUGUCUCUUGCCGCUGCUGCUGCUCCCAAUACUGCGCCUUCUGCGAGUUCUGUGAGUCAGUGGACCGUCCAUGUCACCUCGAGGAGCCGGAGCCCUGCCCAAGACCCUGAAGGGGGGGCGGGGCCCCUGCCACCCGUGCUGGGAAUGCCAAGCAGGACGGACAAAAUGGAGUUUUGCGGGGCCAAAGUCGGAGGAUCUGAGGCGACCUUGGCAGGUGCCGGGGCCUUGGUCCCAAGCUGGCAGGGAGCUGUGGACAGCCCUGAGCACCGGCAGGACAGACGUGGGGUCUUUGACGGUCUCAUCUCCUUCCUCCGAACGCUGGGAUCUGGUGGGAUCAAACCCUUGGGCCACUGGGGGCCAAAGGCAAAAGACUGGGGCACAAGUGGAUUGGUGGCCCAGGGAACAAGAGAAGAAAGCUUGCCACCGGUGCCCUGUGAGCCUCGUCCCUGGGCCGCCACCUCUCUCCUGGGGUGGGGGGGUGGCAGUCGCUUGUCUUCUAUGAAGACGGAUUUGUCAUGAGGUUGAGUUUCAUGUUGGUUUGUAUUUUUUUUUUAUAAGUGUUUGGACCAAACCUUCAAUAAACCACCCAUCUUUGUGUUA